GACCUCGAACCAUCUCGGACCGUUUCAUCGUGUUCCUCUCCCUUGAAUUCGAAUUCGAUCACAGUUCCCAUGCCCUCCGAGAAAGAAUUGUCUUUGUCAUCGAGUCCCCCGCCGUUUUUGCCCGAGGCAGGCAGGAUCAGUGUAACGGUCGUCCACGAGGCGUCCAAAUCGUACGGGCUGCGCCUUGCCAGGAUGGGGGGCGGCGGAGAGGACGACGGGAAACCACGGGAGGAAGACAACCAAUCCRUCUCUAUCGACAUGAUCGCCACCAAUCAUUCCAACGGGCUUCUCCGAAAYACGCCCCUCGUGGAGGGCGAUGUCCUCAAAACCAUCAACAACAAAGCGGCGGGGGACUUUUUGCUUCCGGGGAGCCCCACCGGGUACCUGCGGGGCGGGUGCUUUGGGGAGGGAGACCGUGUGACCUUUGUGGCGGAGCGAGGCAGCAACAAACACCGGGAAGGAACCAGCGAGGAGGAAGAAGGCAACUGCGAUUCGGCCGUAUUGCGUGCGUUCUGCCGAGCCACGGAAACCAGCUCGGAUCCUGCCAUGGAAGACGACGAAAAAAGGCUGGAGAGGAUCGGCCUGGGAUUUCAUCGCGUGGUAGUCGAAGACGAUGCCGACAUCGAUGA